UCAAGGUAAUGGGCCCAUUCAGCUGCUUCCGCCUCCCUCAAGCGCGCCGUUUUUUCCCCUUUUUUUCCUUUCAGAGCGCGGCACUUUCUUUUUCUCUUCUCUCUCUUGCAUCGCUUGAAUUCCUCGCUCUUCAGAAUUAACACUUCCAUCAAAAUCUAACCUCUGCAACGCUCUAUCCCCAAGCCCUAGUUCACGCUUACGGCUCACUGCUAAUGGCGGAUGUCGCCGAGAGCUCUUCGGCUCAGACCAAACCGAUGGACGCCAAACCGGUCGUUGUUCGGAUUAAGCGCAAAGCCUCCCAGUCUCCACUCGAUGCUUUCUGGCUGGAAAUUAAUGAGAGGCCACUGAAGCGCGCGUUGUUGGAUUUUGAGAAUCUAUCGAUCUCUGAUUUAUCUGCAAAAGAGGAAUUGAAGAGUAAGAAGGUUUUCGUACAGCAUGUGGAGACAGUGAGGAGCACUGAGGUCACUGUUGACAUUGUGCAAUUGUUUAUGGAACCUAAUUCGGCUGAUACAUCGGAAUCUAAAACAAAAAGUGAGGAACGAAGAAACAUUUUCAAGAAGGAGAAUAUACAAGAUCAGCUUUUGUCUAAAGCGAGGCAAACACAGGAGGCUGUUGCAAAAAAUGCUCGUUUUGAACAAAUAUGGAGGAGUAGAAAGGGAAACAAAGAGGUUAGGGAUGGUAAAUUACAUGAAAUGUGUCAUUUCUAUGAUGUUGUCCGUAUUGAUGGCGAGGACAAAGCUACUGGGGUGCGACAGCAGGAAGAGACUUUAAAAGACCACAGGCUUUUGUGUAGUUAUUUGCCUCUUCUUAGGGAGUUUAUCCCGAGUGCUGCGGAGGAAAUUGAAUCGGAUUUACAAGCUUACAAAGUCGGAGAAGAUGACUAUGUGUAUGACUUCUAUACUAUAAAGGAUGAGGUGGACACGACCACUGUUGACGCUUCAAGUCCCUUUCCUCUGGUACAAGUAGAUGAAGAGGAAUUUUGUGACGGGCCUGGUGAUUCAGAUUAUGAAAGCGAUGACUCAAAUGCUGAAAAUAAUCCACUGAACGAUUAUCCCGAUGAGACAUCAGAAGAUGAGGAACUGGAGAGUGAAACCUCUGAUAAUGAAUCAGAAGAAGAGAGUGAUAGUGACGGAUCUUCAGAAUCUGCGGAAGAAGAGCAUCAUGGCUUGUCGGAAGAUGUGAGCCUGCUAUACGAAGAUGAUAUCUAUGCGUAGUGUAGCUAAAAGCCUAAAACCGUGUCUAUAUUCUUUUUGUAUUGUCUAGUGAAGAAUGUUGUUUCUCUGUUUUGGAUGGCAAAAGAAUGUGCCAUUGUGCAUCUUAUUUCCAUUCCAAAGAAAAAACGGAAGGACAAGGGAAAAGAAAAACGCAGCUUGGAUCGAUUACCCUCUCUUUCUCGCUGAGAAAAGUUGCAUAAUGGCAACUGUGGAUGAUGACUGAGCGUUUGUUUGAUAUGUAAGCCCGCGUACUUAUUCCAUCGGAAUGGACUGGGAUCCUCUGUCCAAAAAAUGCUGUCCCAACCCUGUCCACCCAAUGAAAAGAAGCCACAUAAUUAACUAACUUUAAAUAGUUUUAAUGGAGAAAGAAAA